ACAUCCAGUUCCAGUGAGUUUACCCUCCGAGUACCACGAGUGAUAUUUAGAAGAAGCAAAAACGAGCAGCUGAAAAUGAAGGGAUUCGUAGUGUUUGUGAUGGCCAUUGCCCUGGCGGCGAGUGCCGAGAUCAAGAAGAAGGAAGCUGAGGCACCGGCUGCGGCCGAAGCGAACGGCGAGAAGAAGCAGGAAAAGCGUGGCCUGUGGGAUCUGGGCUACGGAUACGAAUCGCACGGCUGGGACUCGCACAAGUCCCACGGCUGGGAGGAGCCUCAUGUGACGACCAUCACCAAGAAGGUGCACGUCCCGUACCCGGUCGAGGUGGAGAAGCACGUCCCGUACCCGGUGAAGGUACCGUACCCGGUCACCGUCGAGAAGCACGUGCCAGUCGUGGUGGAGAAGAAGGUCCCGGUGUACGUCGAGAAGCAUGUGCCGGUGCACGUUGACCGUCCAGUGCCGUACCCAGUCAAGGUUCCGGUGAAGGUGGUGCACAAGGAGUACGUCGAGGUGCCGAAGCCGUACCCGGUGCACAUUGAGAAGCAUGUCCCGGUCGUCGUGAAGAAGCCGGUGUACGUCGAGAAGCAUGUUCCGGUGGUGGUCAAGUCGCACGGCUGGGAGCCUCAUUCCCACUCGUACUCGGAGUUCCACUCGUGGUAAAUUCCAGCCCAACUGGUAACUAAACCAUCCACCUGGGUGAGAUGUUGCACCGUCUGAUGGUGAACAUGCGCCAAACAUAUCGUCCCAAAACACUCACACCAUUACACACACGCAACACACUCUCACACACAUACAGUACCAGUACCGUUUGAUUGUGAUCCUCGGUUUGGCCACAACGUUCCUCGCUGUGAUGACUCUGUACUGCACAUCCCCUUGCUCAUCUUACACGCAUCUUCUCUCAACGAUCUCGACGAUCAUUGCUCAUUCUAUAGUGCAAUUCUGUCCUCUGAUCUACAACGCACCCGCUCUGCUGUCUCAAUCUCGAGCUUCUAGGUGAUCUCCAACCUCCAACCAGCAUGCCCAAAGCAAUCCACAAGCUCUUAUGGCCGAGAAUGUCCAACGGAACUCGUCCUCCCUCAUCCAGUUUGCAGCGUGUUGUCGUCAGCUGUACAUAAAUUAUUUUACCCUGUCUUACACGGUUGUGUAAGGGCACAUGUAAAAAAAGAGAACUUUCCCAAGAAACAGAUGAGACAUGUUAAAAAAAUGUAAUAAAAAAUAUAAAAAUAUUUAA